AUGGAGAGGAUCAGAGCUCCAGCUGUGUUCUCCCAGAGGAAGAGGCAGAAAGGAAGGCAUUCCCCAAACCCUGCCUGCAGCUAUGAAAUAAAGUUCAAUAAAUUUGUCAUUUUUAUUAUGCAGAGGAAGAUGGGGAUGACCAGAAGGACAUUUCUAAUGGAGCUGGCAAGAAGAAAAGGUUUCAGAGUAGAAAGUGAGCUAAGUGACUCUGUCACUCAUAUUGUGGCAGAGAACAAUUCUUACCUGGAGGUGUUGGACUGGCUGAGAGGACAGGCAGUCCAGGACAGCUCCAGAUUUGAACUACUGGAUAUUUCCUGGUUCACUGCCUGCAUGGAAGCUGGAAGACCAGUUGAUUCAGAAAUGAAAUAUCGACUCAUGGAGCAGCAAGAUCAAUCCCUUACUUCGAAUACAUCUGAAUCAGAAGUACCAUCGUUUACUGCAAGCAAAGUAUCUCAAUAUUCGUGUCAAAGGAAGACAACUUUAAAUAACUUCAACAAGAAAUUCACGGAUGCUUUUGAAAUAAUGGCUGAAAACUACGAGUUCAAAGAAAAUGAAAUAUUCUGCCUGGAAUUUCUGAGAGCAGCUUCUGUGCUGAAAUUUCUUCCAUUUCCAGUGGUCAGAAUGAAAGAUAUCCAGGGGCUGCCCUGCAUGGGACACCAAGUCCGAGAUGUCAUUGAGGAGAUUAUUGAAGAAGGAGAGAGUUCUAGAGCUAAAGAGGUGUUAAAUGAUGAACGAUACAAAUCAUUUAAGCAAUUUACUUCAGUCUUUGGAGUGGGAGUGAAGACAUCUGAGAAAUGGUAUAGAAUGGGUUUACGGACUCUGGAAGAGGUGAAAGCUGAGAAGACCCUGAAGCUAUCAAAAAUGCAAAGAGCAGGGUUUCUCUACUAUGAAGAUCUUGUUAGCUGUGUAUCUAAGGCAGAAGCAGAUGCAGUAGGCUUGAUUGUCAAGAAGACUGUACAUAUGUUUCUACCAGAUGCUUUAGUUACCAUAACUGGUGGUUUCAGAAGGGGUAAGAAGAUUGGACAUGAUAUAGAUUUUUUGAUCACCAAUCCAGGACCGAGAGAAGAUGAUGGUCUUCUGCAUAAAGGCUUACUCUUAUAUUGUGAUAUCAUUGAAUCAACAUUUGUAAAAGAGCAGCUACCAAGCAGAAAAGUUGAUGCCAUGGAUAAUUUUCAGAAGUGUUUUGCAAUUUUAAAGUUAUAUCAGCCAAGAAUAGAAAACAGGAGUUACAAUGCAUCAGAAGAAUUUGAUAUGGCAGAAGUCAAAGACUGGAAGGCAAUCCGUGUGGAUCUGGUCAUAAGCCCCUUUGAGCAAUAUGCAUAUGCUCUGUUAGGUUGGACAGGAUCUAGGCAAUUUGGACGUGAUUUGCGGAGGUAUGCCACUCAUGAGAAGAAGAUGAUGUUGGAUAAUCAUGCCUUAUACGAUAAGAGAAAGAGAAUCUUUCUCAAAGCUGGAAGUGAGGAAGAAAUCUUUGCACAUCUUGGCUUGGAUUAUGUCGAACCAUGGGAAAGGAAUGCAUAAAACAGUUUGCCAGUGUACAUUCAUCAGGAGACAGCAAUGAUCUUUGUGCCUAUUUCUCAGUCUGAAUUAAAAAUAUAUGCAACCUGUAUCUCUAUGGCAGCUAAGAUAAUUUUAAAAAUAUAUUAGUUACAAGCCGCUAUACAUGCUGGUGUUCCUAGAAAAGAAGAGCUUAAAUUCUUCAGAAUCCUUUUUGUUUUUUUCAGUUUGAGUUUCUGAAGUUUCUACACUAGAGUAGAACGGGGGUAGAACUUGAAGAUCUUUUUCAAGGAUAACUUGAAACU